GAUGUGGGAAGUGACGUCCUCAACAACGUCCACACCUGCCAGGCGGCAUCCUCCGGGUGUCAGGAGCACCUCCCCGCCCUUGGGAUCUAGACGAGAUGGCCAAGAACCCCAAACUCCGUGCUCCGGGGCGGGGGGGGGGCCUGAAGCCCUCUAGGAGGAGGUCUGUUACCACCGGGGCUCUAUUCUUCCCCGUUUGACCCCCACACUGGUGCCUGCUCCAUACCACUGCUCCCCUCCUCGGGCCCCUCAGAAGCCCCCUCAUAUGAAGCAUUGUGGGAAGAGAGCAGAUGCCUCGGAGCAGCUGGUAGUUCUGAGGAGGGGGGUCUCACCAUAUCCCGCAGAGCGAGUAGCUCUAAGGUGACAUUUUAGACAGCUCCGAAUCUGCCCAUGGGACUCCUCACUUGGCCUCCCCCCCACCACCCCCCGCCCCCGCCACGGCAGCUCCUUCCUUCCUCCUCCCUCCUUCCUCACCUUCUCUUUGGAGACACGUGUCCCCUGCACCCUAAGCUUGCCUUCUUUCAAACAUCAGCUCCUGCCUUGUCAGGAAGCAAAGACUUUUCCGAACGAGCACGUCCUCUCUCCUCUCAUCAUGCCAGCUAGUGGAGCGGGGACAGUCCUGUGGCUCGGGAGCAAUCCGACAGCACCUAGGAUACGAAGUAUGCGUAACUCUGUGGCGUCCCACAGGCAGCUCCCACGCAGGUCUACAGGAGCCUUCACGAGGAUGGUUCUCGAAGUGUUGUUUAUGGCAGGGUAGUGUAGGAUUAAAUCAGCGGUCCAGCAUCAGGAGGACAGAUAGGUGUGAGCCACGCGGCCGUCAGGAGCCACGAGCAAGGUGACACAUCAUCCCCGGGAGAUCCUAAGAAUAUGGUGCUGAGUAAAGAGGAGCAGCACAUGUGCUCAUAACCAACUUAUGAGCUGAACGUGAAUAUGAAUGUAAACAGCUGGCAAACCGAGACGUGCUCAUUCCUUGCUCAAGCAAAGAAGCACCUCUAGCUGAAGAGACCAUUGUCCUUCACUGGCAUUCGAUUCGCCCUACUGAUUCUCGGCCAUCUCCCUAUCCUGGCUCAUCGUGGUUGACUUCUCCGUCCACUGCAGUUCAGGCCUGCGGCAUCUGAUUGCUCUGACCAACCAAACGUCACAGGAAGCGAUGUGCGUGUGACUUCCAGGAGGAAGCUUUAAGAGCCCAUAGAAAUCAUUCUUUAAAGAGAGAGAAGAAAACAGGAACACAGCGCCCGCCCUGGAUGCCUCUCCAUCACUCCCACCAUGUGGAAGGCUGCUCUUGAAAUGCUGUGUAUUAACUUCCCAUUGCUGCAGGCCUCCAGCACCCAGAUUCCACUCCUCCAUUCUCAACUGUGCAGUUUACUGCAAAAGUUAACAAGACUUUAUGGAAGGUUCUGGAACAGUGGAAGGGAAGUGCAACACAGAGCACAACCCAAUGGUUACCUCUGAAGCCUCAGGAUCGCAGGAUCUAGUUGUGGCCAGCGCACCCAGAAAAGAAAGGUAUCAUGGAAAACAUGGAUUUUGCAAGUGCCGAAAGGGCACCGCAAACCCGGGUUAAAGUCAACGGACACAAACAUACAGCCUGGGUAGAUAUUACGCAAAGUGGCACAAAGGAGGCAGAGAGAUGGCUACACCCUGGAGGGGUAAGGUUCCUGUGGGGUGAGAGAGAGGCGCAGAAGUGGCUAGUUCCCAGAUUUUACAGGCCCCCAAUGGAUACCAUGUUGGAAACCAGACUCCAGACCAAGCAGAGGAACCCCCAGAACAGCCGGGAGACCAGCUUGUGGUCCUCAGGCUUUGGGAUGAAACUGGAGGCUGUUACCCCAUUCCUGGGGAAAUAUCGCCCCUUUGUGGGUCGCUGCUGCCAGACCUGCACUCCUAAGAGCUGGGAGUCCCUCUUUCACAGAAGCAUAAUGGAUCUAGGCUUCUGCAACGUGAUUCUGGUGAAGGAGGAGAACACCAGGUUUCGGGGCUGGCUGGUUCGGAGGCUCUGCUGUUUUCUGUGGUCACUGGAGCAACACAUACCACCUUGUCGGGACGCCCCAGAGAAGAUCAUGGAAAGAACUGGGGUGCAGAAUGUCAUCUCAGGGAGGGACCCAGGAGGGGCUGGAGAAGGCCAGGUGUCAGGCCUUGUGAAGAAAGAGGUACAUCGCAUCCUGGGCCAUAUCCAGGCUCCACCCUGCCCCUUCCUACUCAGGCUAUUCAGCUGGGCGCUGCUGCGGUUCCUGAAAUGUGUCUUCCUGAAUGUGCAGCUCCACAAGGGCCAGAUGAAGAUGGUCCACCAGGCCGCCCAGGCGGGCUUGCCGCUUGUCCUCCUCUCUACCCACAAGUCCCUCCUGGAUGGGAUCCUGCUGCCCUUUGUGCUGCUCUCCCAAGGCCUGGGUGUGCUCCGUGUGGCUUGGGACCCCCGCACCUGCUCUCCCACCCUGAGAGCUCUGCUAAAGAAGCUUGGGGGGCUUUUCCUGCCCCCAGAGGCCAACCUCACCUUGGACAGCUCUGAGGGAGUCCUUGCAAGGGCCGUGGUCCGUGCCGCUAUAGAGCAGCUGUUGGUCAGCAAGCAGCCCUUGCUUAUAUUCCUGGAAGAGCCUCCUGGGGUCCUGGGGCCUCGGCUGUCAGCCCUGGGCCAAACCUGGCUGGGACUGGUGGUGGAGGCUGUCCAGGUGGGCGUUGUCCCAGAUGCUAUGCUGGUGCCAGUGGCCAUCACCUAUGAUCUGAUUCCAGAUGCACCCUGUGAUGCAUACCACGCCUCGGCCCCACUGGGGUUGUGGACAGGAGCUCUGGCUGUCCUGCGGAUCCUGCGAGGCUGGGGCCGCAGCCGCCCAGUCUGUGUCCGUGUUCACCUGGCCCAGCCCUUCUCCCUACAGGAAUACACCAUCAACGCUAGAAGCUGCUGGGGCAGCAGGCAGACCCUGGAGCAGCUGCUGCAGCCCAUCGUGCUGGGCCAAUGCACUACUGUCCCAGACACGGAGAAGGAGCAGGAGUGGACUCCAGCAACCGGGCCCCUUCUGGCGCUCAAGGAAGAGGACCAGCUCCUGGUCAGGAGGCUGAGCCGUCAUGUCCUGAAUGCCAGCGUGAUGAGCUCGGCAGUGAUGAGCACGGCCAUCAUGGCGACACUGCUGCUCUUCAAGCACCAGAAGGGUGUGUUCCUGUCACAGCUCCUGGGGGAGUUCUCCUGGCUGACCGAGGAGACGCUACUGCGUGGCUUUGACGUGGGCUUCUCAGGACAGUUGCGGUGCCUUGUGCAGCACACGCUGAGCCUGCUACAGGCACAUGUGACCCUCCUCCGCGUCCAUCAGGGGGACUUGCUCGUAGUUCCUCGGCUGGGUCCCGGCCUCACACACCUGGCACAUCUGAGUGCUGAGCUGCUGCCUGCCUUCCUGAGUGAGGCUGUGGGUGCCUGUGCCGUCCGGGGGCUGUUGGCAGGCAGGGUGCCGCCUGAGGAACCCUGGGAGCUACAGGGCAUCGAGCUGCUGAGCCAGAACGAGCUGUACCGCCAGAUCCUGCUGCUGCUGCACUUGCUACCACAGGACCUGCUGCUGUUACAGCCCUGUCAGUCUUCCUACUGCUACUGUCAGGAAGUGCUGGACCGUCUCAUCCAGUGUGGGCUCCUGGUUGCCGAGGAGACCCCAGGCUCUAGGCCAGCCUGUGACACCGGGCGGCAGCGUUUAAGCGCAAAGCUGCUGUGGAAGCCAAGCGGAGACUUUACUGAUAGUGACAGUGAUGACUUCGAGGAGGCUGAGGGCCGGUUCUUCAGGCUCAGUCAGCAGUCACGCUGCCCUGACUUCUUCCUCUUCCUCUGCCGCCUGCUUAGCCCGCUCCUCAAGGCCUUUGCACAGGCUGCCACCUUCCUCCACCAGGGACAGCUGCCUGAUACAGAGUCGGGCUACGCUGAGCAGCUGUUCCAGUUCUUGCAGGCCACUGCCCAGGAGGAAGGGUUCUUUGAGUGCGCAGACCCAAAUCUUGCCAUCAGUGCUAUUUGGACCUUCAGAGACCUGGGGGUGCUGCAGCAGACGCCCAGCCCUGCAGGCCCCAUGCUCUACCUGUCCCCUGCGUUCACCAGCUGGGAAAAUCAGGAGAAGCUGGAACAGUUCAUCCGGCAGUUCAUUUGUAGCUAGAACUGUGGGAUGGAGUGCCUGCUGAGAAAUUCAGCCCCAGAUCAUAGCCAUGCGCUGGAGCCAGAAGACUGGAAGGGGGGCUGUACACCCUUACCCGAACUGUGUAUAAAACCUUUUCUUGUUUC